UCCCCAAUUCCACCAUUCGAUUCGAUUCGAUUGUUGGCCCAGAAAUGGAGAAUUCAGAAAGUAACAAUAAUAAUAAUAAUAAUGAAGCAGCCAAAACCACAGCGGUUGAUGACAACACUCACCAAUCAGGAAACCCUAAUGGGUCUGACGGGAAUGCUAGUCUGCAAGUGAAUGCCAAUGGGGAAUCCGAUGCUGCUCUUCAUCAACCCGGAGCUUCACGGAGAACUCCUUUCACCGACCUUAGUCAGGUCGAUGCUGAUCUUGCUCUCGCCCGCACCUUGCAAGACCAGGAAAGGGCUUAUAUGAUGCUUAGUAUGAACGAUGAUGGGAUUGAUUAUGGGAGUUGGGAUGCUGGGAGCUAUGGCCAUGAUGAGGAUGAAGAUGAAGAUUUUGAUGAUCCAAGCGAAGAAGAAGAUGAUGGUAGUAAUGUGGAUGAGGAUGAUGAAGAUGCAUUUGAUGUGCAUGCUCAUGAAGAAGCUAGUGAGGAUGAGAACCAAGGUGUUGAGUUAGACCCAUCAGCUUUUUCUAGUGAUGAGGCCUAUGCCAGAGCACUACAGGAUGCUGAAGAGAGAGAAAUGGCAGCUAGAUUAUUGGCCCUUGCUGGGAUAAAUGAAAUGUAUGUUGGACAAACGCAAGAUGAAGAGGAUCGUGCUAUUAAUUCCCAGGAUGCAUGGGAGGACGUAGAUCCUGAUGAGCUUUCUUAUGAGGAACUUAUAGCACUAGGUGAAGUUGUUGGAACUGAGAGCAGGGGGCUUUCUGCUGAUACAAUUGCCUCUUUGCCUUCAGUGAUCUAUAAGACACAAACUGCAUCAGAAGGAACCACUGAUUCGUGUGUUAUAUGUAGAUUGGAUUAUGAAGAUGGUGACAAAUUGACUGCGUUGUCCUGCAAACAUAUGUAUCAUUCUGAAUGCCUCAACAAUUGGUUACAAAUAAACAAGGUGUGUCCAAUAUGUAGCACUGAGGUUUCCACCUCUGGAAACAGCUAGUGUACCUGGAGAGAGGCUGGCUAUUCA